AAAACUGCCUCAGAUUGACGCAUACCUUUCCUUGAGAUAAGGGGAUUAAAAGUUAAUCUUGCCUCCGAUUUGAAAAAAAUCCCGAUUCCCGUUUUUGUUUGUACCGGUCUUAGCUGUAUAAAUGCAGCUUCUUAAAUAGCCGUCGAUCAGUUGAAAACCAGGAGCCGUGAAACUAUCGCCAGAUUCAGUUCACGAGAAUUCUUAAUUUCACCACCAUGUUGCCAUCCGUCCAAGUACGCAUUUUGUACCUAUUUGGAGCCCUAUUGUGCCUAGGAACAGGAGUCACUUCUCGGCGGACUUUCUUUAACCCAAAGCAUCUAAUUGAACAGGAUCUUGUAGUAGAGAAAACUGCUAAUACAACCUUCGUCUGUCCCGGCACUGGCAACUACCCUGUUCCUGGAAAGGAAUGCACCGAGGAUUAUUAUUCUUGUGCUACUGGCUCUCCCGUUGCAAUGGUUUGUGCUGGAGCUUCAGUAUUUGAACCCAGCACCAAUGUGUGCACAUCGUCAUCCACCGCCCCUUGCAAGACAGAAUCGACUACUACGACGACAAUGACUCCAACGACGACAAUGACUCUAACGACAACGACUCCCACAAGGAUUUCGACGACGACAACCCCCACUGAUGUUCCGUUCGAUUGCCAGGAUAAUGGCGCUUAUCCUAACCCGAGUAACUGCAAUACCUUCUACAUGUGCUCCAACGGCAUCGCGUAUCUCUACUUCUGUCCAAGUAAUCUAGUCUUUAACCCAACAACGGGCAAUUGCGAUUACCCAUCCAACGUUUCCGGCCCAUGCGCAGGGGCACUUUAAAACCAAAUGCCACGAUUAGAAAAAAACGGAAUUCUAUCAAAUAGUCAUUUCUCAAUUUACAGUGAAAUAAUAGCAUGUCAAUUACUAUGUAUAGCUAUAAAUUAUCUGACGAAGUUGUGCCCAGUAGGCUAUAUUUUCAGUAAUCAAAAUUUAUUUUUAUGUUUAAUUUGUCUAUGAUUAUUAUGAUCUGUUCAUCAGUUGAUGAAGAGGACACCUAAAUAUAUGUAACAUCUCGUUCUUGA